GCCUCCAUGUACACCCGAGAAGGCGGAGGCCCAGAGAGAUUGUGUAAUUUCCCCACAAUUGCAGAGAUUGUGGCAAAAACCAGGAGCGGGAAGCGGGGCUUUUAUUUAUAAUUUAUUGCCAUCCGGUGGCGUUCUCGCUCAGUGUUGCCGCUCUGUGUGUACUGAAAAUUUUCAACCUUGUUGCAAAAGCUGAGUACUCUUUCUUUACUUUGAGUAGGAAGGAAUUGGCAAAGUUUCCAGAAGAAUACUUACAGCAAAAUGAAUAAUCAAGCUAUCAAGAGACUGGAAAAUCACAUAGUGAAAUCUCCUGAAGACAAACGAGAAUAUCGUGGUCUAGAGCUGGCCAAUGGAAUCAAAGUACUUCUCAUCAGUGAUCCCACCACAGACAAGUCUUCAGCAGCACUUGAUGUACACAUAGGUUCAUUGUCAGAUCCCCCGAAUAUCGCUGGCUUAAGUCAUUUUUGUGAACAUAUGCUAUUUUUGGGAACAAAGAAAUACCCUAAAGAAAACGAAUAUAGCCAGUUUCUCAGUGAGCAUGCUGGAAGUUCAAAUGCCUUUACUAGUGGAGAGCAUACCAAUUACUAUUUUGAUGUUUCCCAUGAACACCUAGAAGGUGCCCUAGACAGGUUUGCACAGUUUUUCCUGUGUCCCUUGUUUGAUGAGAGUUGCAAAGACAGAGAAGUGAAUGCAGUUGAUUCAGAACAUGAGAAGAAUGUGAUGAACGAUGCCUGGAGACUCUUCCAGUUGGAAAAAGCUACAGGGAAUCCCAAACAUCCCUUCAGCAAAUUUGGGACAGGUAACAAAUAUACUCUAGAGACUAGACCAAACCAGGAAGGCAUUGAUGUAAGACAAGAGCUACUAAAGUUUCAUUCUACUUAUUAUUCAUCCAAUUUAAUGGCUAUUUGUGUUUUAGGACGAGAAUCUUUAGAUGACUUAACUAAUCUGGUGGUAAAGUUAUUUUCUGAAGUAGAGAACAAAAGUGUCCCCUUGCCAGAAUUUCCUGAACACCCUUUCCAAGAAGAACAUCUGAAACAACUGUACAAAAUAGUACCCAUUAAAGAUAUUAGGAAUCUUUAUGUGACAUUUCCCAUACCUGACCUUCAGAAGUACUACAAAUCAAAUCCUGGUCAUUACCUUGGUCAUCUCAUAGGGCAUGAAGGUCCUGGAAGUCUGUUAUCAGAACUUAAAUCAAAGGGUUGGGUAAAUACUCUUGUUGGAGGACAGAAGGAAGGAGCUCGAGGUUUUAUGUUUUUUAUCAUUAAUGUGGACCUGACUGAGGAAGGGUUAUUACAUGUUGAAGAUAUAAUUUUGCACAUGUUUCAAUACAUUCAGAAGUUACGUGCAGAAGGACCUCAAGAAUGGGUUUUCCAAGAGUGCAAGGACCUGAAUGCUGUUGCUUUUCGAUUUAAAGAUAAAGAAAGACCACGGAGCUAUACCUCUAAGAUUGCGGGAGUAUUGCAUUAUUAUCCCCUAGAAGAAGUGCUUACAGCUGAAUAUUUACUGGAAGAAUUUAGACCUGAUUUAAUAGAGAUGGUUCUCAAUAAACUUAGACCAGAAAAUGUCCGGGUUGCAGUAGUUUCUAAAUCUUUUGAAGGAAAAACAGAUCGCACAGAAGAGUGGUAUGGAACCCAGUACAGACAAGAAGCUAUACCAGAUGAAGUCAUUAAGAAAUGGCAAAAUGCUGACCUGAAUGGGAAAUUUAAACUUCCAAUGAAAAAUGAAUUUAUUCCUACAAAUUUUGAGAUUUUAUCACUGGAAAAAGAAGCAACACCAUACCCUUCUCUUAUUAAGGAUACAGCUAUGAGCAAACUCUGGUUCAAACAAGAUGAUAAGUUUUUCUUGCCAAAGGCUUGUCUCAACUUUGAAUUUUUCAGCCCAUUUGCUUAUGUGGACCCCUUGCACUAUAACUUGGCCUAUUUGUACCUUGAGCUCCUCAAAGACUCACUCAACGAGUAUGCAUAUGCAGCAGAGCUAGCAGGCUUGAGCUAUGACCUCCAAAAUACCAUCUAUGGGAUGUAUCUCUCAGUGAGAGGUUACAAUGACAAGCAACCAAUUUUGCUAAAGAAGAUUAUUGAGAAAAUGGCUACCUUUGAAAUUGAUGAAAAAAGAUUUGAAAUUAUCAAAGAGGCGUAUAUGCGGUCUCUUAACAAUUUCCGAGCUGAACAGCCUCACCAGCAUGCCAUGUACUACCUCCGCUUGCUGAUGACUGAAGUGGCCUGGACUAAAGAUGAACUAAAAGAAGCGCUGGAUGAUGUCACCCUUCCUCGCCUUAAGGCCUUCAUACCUCAGCUGCUGUCACGGCUGCACAUUGAAGCUCUUCUCCAUGGAAACAUAACAAAGCAGGCUGCAUUAGGAAUCAUGCAGAUGGUUGAAGACACUCUUAUUGAACAUGCUCAUACAAAACCUCUCCUUCCAAGUCAGCUGGUUCGGUAUAGAGAAGUUCAGCUCCCUGACAGAGGAUGGUUUGUUUAUCAGCAGAGGAAUGAAGUUCAUAAUAACUGUGGCAUCGAGAUAUAUUACCAAACAGACAUGCAGAGCACCUCAGAGAAUAUGUUUCUGGAACUCUUCUGUCAAAUCAUCUCUGAGCCUUGCUUCAAUACCCUGCGUACCAAGGAGCAGCUGGGCUAUAUCGUCUUCAGUGGGCCACGUCGAGCCAAUGGCAUACAGGGCUUACGAUUCAUCAUCCAGUCAGAAAAGCCACCACACUACCUAGAAAGCAGAGUGGAAGCUUUCCUAAUUACCAUGGAAAAGUCCAUAGAGGAUAUGACAGAAGAGGCCUUCCAGAAACACAUUCAAGCAUUAGCAAUUCGUCGACUAGACAAACCAAAGAAGCUAUCUGCAGAGUGUACUAAAUAUUGGGAGGAAAUCAUCUCCCAGCAGUACAAUUUUGACAGAGAUAAUAUAGAAGUUGCAUAUUUAAAGACACUCACCAAGGAAGAUAUCAUCAGAUUCUACAAGGAAAUGUUGGCAGUAGAUGCCCCAAGGAGACAUAAGGUGUCUGUCCAUGUUCUUGCCAGAGAGAUGGAUUCUUGUCCUGUGGUUGGAGAGUUCCCAUGUCAAAAUGAUGUAAAUUUGUCACAAGCACCAGCCUUGCCACAACCUGAGGUGAUUCAGAACAUGACUGAGUUCAAGCGUGGUCUGCCACUGUUUCCCCUAGUGAAACCACAUAUUAACUUCAUGGCUGCAAAACUCUGAGGAUUUCCUAUGGGUGGGAAAGUGCAAGUGGAUGCAUUCCUGAGUCUUCCCAGAGCUAGGGAAACAAUCUUAGCCACCUUAAUAUUUUCAGGCUCAUUGUUACAAAGACAAACAGAAAAAAAAGAAAUUGUCAAAUGUCAUUAUGUAGAAAUAUUAAAUCCAAAGUAAUUAAAUUACAAAAUCUUAUAAAUGUAGAAUAUUUUUAAAAUACAUGCCUCUUAAAUAUUUAAAAAGUUUUCUUUUCAUUACUAAGGGAAAUUCCCCUUAUAUAACAGUACUUAAAAUGAUGAAUGAUACUCCUUUAGAAUCUUCCUUUCCUAUUCUGCAAAACAGUCACUUGUCAAAAAAAAAAAAAAAUGUUAGCUUUCUCCUAAAAGCCUUCUAGGUUGACAGAAAAGGCCUCAAAACAUUUAGAAAGGUAACAGAUAACUUUGUUAACAAUUGAUCCUCAAAUUGGCUUUCUACUUGAUGGUUUCAUGUAAAUCAGUGGAGAACAUUACAUUUGGCAGAUUAUAAACAAUGCAAUUUUCUUUCAUUAGUGAAAUUGCUGAUUAUAUAAGGCAUGGUUUUAAUCUUUUUAUAAAACGUGAACAUGUUUUAUAUUCAAACUAGCAUAUGCUGGAAAACCUUAGAACACCCUACUUAUUUACAGUGCUAGAAAUACAGACUUACCUUACAUCAAUUUUGUCCCAAACUGAAUUUCUCAGGAUUACUGUGAUUUGUUUCUUUCUGAUUGAAUUAUAUUGACAUUCUUGUUCAUAGUUGGUUUGCAGUGUUCCAUCAAUUUUACUUUUCCCCCAUCAACAUGUUGCUGUGUUUAACAAGUACAACCUUGGUCAACUUCAGAGCCCACUGUGUGUGUGACAUGCUUUUCUAACAUCAUAUAUUAUAAAUACCUGUGCUCUUUACUGCCAUGAAAUUGCAUUCUGAAUACCAACCAAAAUAUUUGCCCCUUUAUGAAGUCAGAAGACAACAAGUACAAGGUCACCUUUUUGGGGGUAUAAAUAAAGCCCUGGAUUCUUAAAUAGUAUGAGUUCUAUAAGCUCUAAAAUCACUUUUGCUACCAGUCUAAUCUUGCCUUAAGUAAGUUAUUUUUGAAUCUAUAAAUAUAAACAUACAAACCCACAGAUGAUGACUGGAGUGGACUUUUAAAAAAUAUUUUUUUUCAUGAGAUACUAUUUUCGAUGAAACUGUUACUGUAUAUUUAGCAACUGUUUUGAAAUAUUUACUGUUAGUUAGGCUUGCUUCAAGAGAAAUUGUGAAUAUACUUCCACAUACAGGCACUAGUAACACUACGUGGCCCUGUUGCUCACUAUCUCAGGCAAAGUCAAGAAUGGCAUUUUCAGAUGACAUUUUGCCACCGUAGGAGUAAUUUGCCAGGACUUCUUCCUGUGGAGUCAUGUCUUUUUACAUCUUAAGUUUUCACAUUUGCCAUUUUCCAAAUAAUCUAAAUUUGGGGCAAGAAUGAUAUAAUCUCUACUAUGGAGGCUGUUUUCAAAAGCAGGGCUCCAUUUCUACUAUCAGAUAAAUGUGGUGCUGUAACUGUCUUUUUAUCCCUACCUUCAAGAGUUCCUUGUUUGAAGCCUGUCUUUGUCCAUCAGAAGGUGUGUGAGUCAUUACUUCCUUCUGAUUUUAUGCAUUUGCAGGCUAUUUAUUCAGCGUUUCAUCAAACUGCAAAUAUAUACAAGAGGGAUCUAAAAUUAGUCCUGAGUGUUUAAAUCUACUGCUGUAAGAGUAAAUAAUCCACCUACCUUUUCUGUGAAAAAUUAUGUGCUAUUGAGUAACUGAGCUCUUUUUAAAAAAUGGGUGAAAUUUAACAGUGUCAUUUUUAUGAGAAAGUCAUAUGAAGAAAUCUGAAAGGAAUCUCAUGUAGUCUUCCAGGAACCUAUGAUUGUUGUUCAGUAUGCUUCAGCGUCAUCUGGUUUCCAAAUUGGAUUGAGUACUGUUGGAUCACUCAGGCAUACUAAUGGAUUCAUUAAGUGGAUCCAAGCUGCAGUCCAUGAGCAAUAACAGACUACCCCAGAUACUGCUAUUUACUCAAAGCUUAGUAAAUGAGAUCUGUAAAGCAAAUUAAGUUAUUAGUUACCUGUGACUUUUUAAAAGAAGUCUUUUAGUUGAUGUGGAAGAAAGAGCAUGUGACACAGCCAUUAUGGUGGAGUGCUAGGGUAAUCCUGUUUACAAUAAAUUGCCUGAAUUU